AUGCAAACCAAUCUGUCUGCCACCACCGGCAAUGUCUGGAUUGACUGUGAAGAUCAUGAAAAUAUUAAUGAAAAUACAGACAAUGUUUCUAUUGAAACUGCUGAUUUGCUCAUGAAUGCGUUAUCUAAUCUGACAUUUGACGAUGAAGGAUUUGCUACCGAGACUUCCGAUGCUCAAUUACAGGUUGAAGAUUCAAUCCUAGGACUCUUGCGAGAACAUAGCUGUAAUCCAAAUCCAGUGUUAUUACGAUCAAAGCAUAUUGAUUACAUUCAACACGCAUUUGCUGGUCUCAAAUGUGGAUGGGUAUCUCUAGAUGCAAGCAAACCUUGGCUAAUCAUGUGGAUGAUGCAUACCUUGGAUCUACUUGGCACUGAAAUUCCCCUUACCAUUAAAAUACGUGCUGUCAGUUCAUUGGCUGCCUGUCAACAUCCUGAUGGUGGAUAUGGCGGUGGACCUGGUCAAAUUCCUCAUCUUGCAACAACUUAUGCUGCUGUAAAUGCACUUGCAAUCAUUGGAACUGAGGAUGCGUUUCAGUCAAUUAAUCGAUGGAAACUGUAUAAUUUUCUGGAGCAAAUGAAGCAAGAAAAUGGAUCAUACCGCAUGCACAAUGGAGGGGAGAUUGAUGUUCGUGGUACCUACUGCGCAGUGAAUACAGCCAAACUGCUUCAUAUUCUUACUGACAAAUUGAUGGAUCGCGCAAGUGAGUUUAUCGUCCAAUGCCAAAGCUACGAAGGCGGUAUGGGUGCUGUUCCUGGCAUUGAAGCUCAUGGUGGAUACAGUUACUGUGCUGUAGCUGCCAUGGAGAUCAUGGGGAAAAUGAACAUGUUGGACAUGGAUGCUCUCACACAAUGGGUCUGCUCUCGUCAAAUGGCACUAGAAGGUGGCUUUAGUGGACGUGCCAAUAAGCUCGUGGAUGGAUGCUAUUCUCUUUGGCAAGGCGGUAUCGUGUCACUGAUUGAAAUGCAUCUCAAACGCAAAACAGGCCAGCAAGUCAACCUAUUAAAUCGCGAUGCACUUGAAAGAUACAUUGUAGUCUGUUGCCAAGGCGGGCGAGGGGGCUUAAGGGACAAGCCUAGAAAACCAGUUGAUUAUUAUCACACCUGCUACUGCCUUAGUGGUCUUUCAGUUGCUCAACACAUAUACACGGAGCAUAAUGGUCAAGUUACGGCCGUACCACGGUCGCCUAUUUUUGGCUCUUCUACAAACCUUGUUAAUCCGACACACCCAGCAUAUAACAUUUGCAUCAAUCGUGCCAAAAAUAUCAUUGAUUAUUUUUCAAAAAUUGACAUGACAGAAUCCCGUUCUUAAAGUAAAAGCAUUUUAUUGAUCUGGUUGGACAAUGGCUGUUUUCGUUCUUUUCAAUAUCGCUUAUUAUGCGCGCUUAAAUAAACCAAUCGGGUCUAGUCAGUAUUUGAUUUGUAAAA